AUGAGCCCCUCAGAAGUGCUUAUUAUAUAUUGGGCAUUCUUUCCUCCAGGCAGCUUCUACAGCGUAUCAUCGAACCUAACAUCACAAGUUUUACCAGUCUCCUACAUUGUCACUUCACCAAAUCCGGUGCCGAGACUCCCGCGGCCGGCGGCGAUUGAUAAAGCCAAGAAAGCUCGCGAUACCCUGGGUUCCAUCUACUCGUUUUAUGCAGCCAACCGCGAUUCGCUUGAAAGAGUUCCAUCCUUCAUGAGCGACUCCAGCAGGGACCUCCCAAUCAUCUUCCAAACCGACCCAGUUCCAACAGCAGAAGAGACAGAACAGUUGAAGAAGAACCUCUCUGAUCUCAUCAAAACACAAGAGAUUUUCAACCAAAUCCCAGAUCAGCAACGGCAGUUGAUGGUCGAGGCAGCCAAUGCCAGCACAAUCAAGCGCGCCGAAAACCGUGCCGCGAAAAAUUAA